CAUCCAGCUUGGUGAGACGGGGGCUGUCACUCACCCUGCAGGAGGCUGCUCGGGGCAGGGGGCCGAUGCUUCCCCCGGCGAUGGAGCACCCUCCAGCAGCCCGGAUCCUCUCCUGACUUCCUUGCCUUUCUGAGGACAGUCGCAGAAAAGUGCUUUUCGCCCCCUUGCCACAGGUUGACUCCCAGAGAGGAUGAAGAGGAGAGUCCCAGAAAUGAGACCCUAAGUCGAGGGAGGAACGAGGAGGACGCUCCGGCCUUUGCAGCCCCCCUUCUCCUGACUGAAGGGCCCAGGCCAGGCAUGGGACUGCUGGAAGGAGCCAACAGCACCCUUGCCAUGGAGAAGACAGCAUUAGAGGAGAAGCUCCCUCAGGGCUGGCACGCCGAGGACUUUGUCACUCCUAGCCAGGAUCUCUCCGGGUCCCGCAGCGUUAUGAUGGAUAGCACCAAGAUCCUGGGGGUCCAGGUGGUUCUGAUUGCUGCCUACUCCCUCAUCAUCCUGCUGGGCUUCAUCGGCAACUCCUUGGUCAUCUACAUCAUAGUGAAGUACAAGACCAUGAGGACUGUCACCAACUUCUUCAUAGCGAACCUGGCCCUAGCAGACCUGAUGGUGGACACCCUCUGUCUGCCGUUCACCCUGGUGUACACGCUGCUGGACGAGUGGAAGUUUGGAGCCGUUCUUUGCCACCUGGUCCCUUACGCUCAAGCCCUGAGUGUGCACGUGUCCACUCUCACUCUCACUGUGAUUGCCUUGGACAGGUAUCGGUGUAUCGUUUUCCACCUGGACAGCAGGAUCUCCAAGAGGCUCAGCUUCACCAUUAUAGCCAUCAUGUGGCUGGCAGCAGCGGUCCUAGCAGGUCCUCUGGCCAUCUUCAGGGAGUACCGGUAUGAGGAAAUCCCGUCCAUCAACCUCAAAAUGGCAGUCUGCUCAGAAAAAUGGCCUUCUGGCAACAACAGAGACGCCACCAUCUACAGCCUGUCCAUGCUCCUCCUGCAGUAUGUUUUACCUCUUGCAGUUAUUUGCUAUGCCUACACCAGGAUCUGGUUCAAGCUGAAAAACCACGUCAGCCCCACUUCUCGGAAUGAAAACCAGUGCCGGAGGAGGAAGACCACCAAAAUGCUAGUGAUGGUAGUCGUGGUAUUUGCAGUCUGCUGGCUCCCCUUCCACAUAUUCCAGCUCGCCAUUGAUCUUGAUCUGGUUCUUAUCUUCCACGAAUACAAACUCCUGUACACUGUCUUCCACGUGGGGGCCAUGUGCUCUACGUUUGUCAACCCCCUGCUCUAUGGAUGGAUGAACAAGAACUACCGGAACGGCUUCCUCACCUUUUUCCGCUGCCAGGACAAGCCAGAAAGCCUCCACACCGAGGGCUCAGUAAGAGGCAGGUCGUACAUCUUCAGGGCCAACACCCUAAACGGGAGCAUCAAACAGUCUGCUGGCAACGGGCCGCUGCCCACAGAGGUUUAGGGAUGGGAUGUGCACCCCCGGGACUGAGGCUGGCUGAGCCCAGAGACGUUCUUGAUGAAUGCCUUUUUUUUGGGAACAAUGUGCUGCCAAAACUUUAUAGCUACUGCGGCCACGUGGAAAUACCCCCCCUGUAUCUCUCAGUACAAUAAAUCUGGUGUA